UCUCAUCGCCUUUCUGCUCACCCUCCACUCUUCUCCAUCUCCCGUCCCUCUCUCUCUAUAUAUCUCUGGAUCUCACUCUCAUAAUCAUCACCCUGUUUUUCUGGUUUCUGGGUGUGAACUGAAUUCGACUGUUGUAAAGAAUCGAUCUUUUGCUUUGUUUCAGUUUAGAUUCCUUGAUUUUAGUCCCGGAAAAAGAAAUUGGAGGUGAAGGGUCCGAUAAAAAUGGCGUCUUCUGAUAAUUUGGCCCCGUUGGAGCCCUGGGCGUCUCGCUUCGCCGGAUUUUCCGAUUCUUGGUUUUCCGACGCGUUUUCCCGCGAAACAGAGACGCUGACCCAAGCGUUGCAGAAAUCCAUGUCUGAUGCGCCGGAGGCGGUCAUGGAGGGCUUCCCCUUCGAGGCUGGUAUGCAGAUUUUUAAGCCGGAGGAGGCGCGGGUGGGAACUCCCUGCAGCGCUUCCGGCCCGACAGUUUCCGGCGGGUCGGAGUACGAGACGGCGGGCUCGAAGCGGGGCAGCUUGGGCGUCACCGGGAAGGCGAAGAAGCGGAGGUCACGCGCGUCGAGGGGCGCCACCACCACUUACAUCACCGCCGACGCGGCCAACUUCCGGCAGAUGGUGCAACAGGUCACCGGAUUUAAGCACGGCGGACCGGGCCAGAUCGGCCCGAUCCUGAAACCCGAGCCUCACCGGGCCGUCAACAGGCCGCAGCCGACCGGGUUCUUUCCCGCGCUGGACACGCCAUCUUUCAUGUUGGAACAGAGCAGGCAGCAGCAACAGACGGCGAGAGUGGGCGGCUCCGGUUCUUCUCUGCCUCCGCCGCCGCCGAGGACGGCGGGGGAGUCGAGCUGCCCGGCGGGCAUUGACUUUGACUAUUUCUCUGCUUUUCCGAUCCUGGAGUCAUGGAAAACCGUAGUGUAGCGGCGCGAAUGGACUGAUCGACCCCUGGGCGCCAUGCUUAGAAAUGCAUUUGGAAAGGGUAAAACGGGAAAUACAAUUCACAUGUAUCGGUUAAUUAUUGAGUAGAGAAUUGUUGUAUUAUUAACGAUCUUCGAGGAAUGUAUUAUUUAUGAUAAAUCUCUCUAUCUUUGGUGUUAAUUUCGGAUUAAUUCUUCAAAAAUUCUUGAGAGAUCAUCACUUUCGGAGUAGGAUCAUUUGUACUAUGUUUGCCCUAUUUGCACGUUUACCAUGUUUUUCUAAUUAGAGUAGUUUCCAAAGCAUUUCAUACCUAAGCAUUUUGGGACAGAAUCGUUGUAAUGGAAACCACACAAAUAAAAGCGCUUUAGAUUAGUUUUUUAUGUAUGUUAUUCUCUACUAAUUGUAUGGUCAAACAGAUAAAUUAUCAGACAUUUUUUGACAAUCCG